AUGUUUCUCCUCUGGGCGUUGCCCGUAGCAUUGUACCUCUUUUAUCGAUGGGGUGUUGCGACUUACGAUUACUUCGAGAAGCGAAACAUCCCCUUCGUUAAACCUGUGCCAUUUUUGGGUCAAGUGUGGUCAUUCUUCACGCAGGAUAAACAUGCUGUCGAUAUCGCCUCUGAAGGAUACUAUCAGUUUCCGAACUCGCGCAUCUCGGGUGUGUUCAGCUUGAGAACUCCAGGAUACGUGGUGCACGAUCCUGCCCUGUACAAGCAGAUGGCCAUCAAGGACUUCGACCACUUUACCGAUCACGUGACGGACAUAUCUGUGGAAAACGAUCCUCUACUGGCGCGUUCGCUUUUCUUCACCAACGGAUCACACUGGCGUCAGCAUCGGUCGGGUCUGAGUCCAGCAUUCACUGGUAGCAAGAUGCGUAGUAUGUUCGUAUUACUUUCCAAGAGUGCCAGUGAUGCCAUGCAGCGACUAAAUGCCCAUUAUGGUGGAAAGAAUUUUACAAUGGAACUGCGGGAUCUGUACUCGCGACUUGGCAAUGACCUUAUGACGUCGAUUUCGUUUGGAGUCGAGGUGGACUCGCUAACCGACCGUGACAACGAGUUCUUUGUUCAGGGCAAGCGCCUAGCAAAAGUGGAUGGUAUACCAGGAUUGAAGUUUCUUUUAUCCGCCAUCCUACCGGAAGUGUUUAAACGGCUUAACAUCGGUCUCAUGUACAAGGAUGUGAACGAAUUCUAUCUGGAAGCAGUGUCGAAAAACAUUCGCUAUCGAGAGACCACAAACACAACGAGACCAGACUUUAUCCAUCUCUUGCUGCAGGCACGCAAAAACAUCCUCAGCUCAGAAAAACACGACGAUGAAGCACUCCAAGACGCUGGUUUUUCCACUGCUGAGACCCAUGCAGUCGAACAAAAGGAGGGUGAUAAGUUGACCUGGGAUGACGUCGACAUUACAGGAGCAUCCGCUUCGUUCUUCUUUGGCGGCAUUGAAACCACAACCACGUUGCUCUGUUUCGCCAGCUACGAGUUGGCCGUUAACCCCGAGAUCCAGGACCGGCUACGGACGGAAAUUGAUGAGACUCGCGAGAGUUUGCCCGAUGGAAAAACCCCAACUUAUGAGGUCUUGCAAAAAAUGAAGUACAUGGACAUGGUCGUAUCAGAGACACUCCGUCGAUGGACUCCUCUUGGGCUUACCAAUCGCAAAUGCACUAAGGACUACACCUUCACCAACACCGAUGGAACUCGGAUCACCAUCGAGCGUGGAAUGAACAUUUCGAUUCCCCUGAAGUCCUUCCAUCUGGAUGAGAAGUUUUUCCCGGAUCCUCUGCGGUUCUAUCCGGAACGCUUUGAGGACUCCAGCAAAAUCAACUCGGAUGCCUUCGUGCCGUUUGGAACGGGCCUGCGGAACUGCAUUGGAUCCCGAUUGGCGUUGAUGCAGGCGAAAUGCAUCCUGUUCAAUAUGCUGUCGAAUUUCAUCAUCGAGCCAAACACGAAACUGACCAUCCCCAUUGAAAUCGACAAAAAGACAGCGGGUCUGAACUCCAAGCGCGGAUUUUGGAUGAAUUUAACUCCUCGAGGAACAUAAGCUCCAUCGCAGCUAUCGCGAUAAGAUAGCAGUCCCGUGAUAACCGAUUUCCGCUGUGAAUUGGAACAUUGUGUGGAUUGAUGCAUGUGUGUGGAUGUAUAAUAAUAUUUCACUGAAACC